AUGGAGUAUGAAAUUGGGAAGCUGAUUUGUAGAUACCUGGAUUCGAUGUCCCCAAUGUUGGCCUGGCAGUCCGAAACAUUGGGCAGCAAGAGAACGUAUGAUCAUAGCAAUGAUAUCAAUUGUCUAAGUUGGAUAAAGGUAGCAGGCAAGGUUGGCGGUCUAACUAGUAUUCGAGUAAUCAAUUCCACUACACUGGCCAUACUACUGAGAUGGGACUACUCCGACUGGUCUGGUGUGCCUAUAAAGAAUAUGCUAUCGAACCUGAAGCUCAAGGGAUACCAAGAAGGAAAAAGAAAGCGAAAAUCUAUUGAACCCGAUGCGAUAUUUGAAUUGAACUUCCUCAUACAAGUGAGGAUCGGUUGGAUGGGAAUGCUAAUGUACUAA